AUGGCGGAAGCGAUGAGGUCUUCUGGAAGCAAUGAGCUUCAUCAUCCAGAAGUUCUUUCGCGAGAGCGACUCUUGCAAAUUUUGUGCGAUCGAUCUAUACCUCGUGAACAUCUUUUAUAUUUAGAAAAAGGUGAUCUUGUCCAGCUAUUUUAUAAGUAUGUCACCCCACUACCCCAAAGGCUCCAUCAACUUCGUCGAGCAAGAAGAAGGCAGCAUGUGCCUUGUGGUGGACAAACCGUUACUUCCAAUGAAAAAACACCGAAAAUAAUUCAACUAACGAAGAGGUAAGAAGCUCUGUACCAAAUAAUUUGUUUUACAAAUCAACUCUUAUGUUGAUCAAAUCUUUAGAAAUAUUUAUCUCCGGAAAAAGUGUGUGUAUGUUAGUGCAUUUUUAUUUUUUUUUUUUUAUACGUGUAUGUCACAUGAUCACCCGUACAGGUAUGUAAGCGACCAAAUUUAGAAAAAUUACGAGGAGUCUAAGAAAAUGAAAAGGAAAUUUUCACCCAGGUAAUUAAUCAAGUUCCCAGUCAGUGAACUAGACAUCGUGGAAGUUGAGUAUUGGAAAGGUUUCAAGUUCUUAUUUCGGGAAAGGGAAUCAAUGGGUAACCUUGACUGUUUCACAGUGAUGAAAGGCCGAUACUUCAUUAUGCAUGCAUACGUGUGGCUUUAUUAUUCAGUGUAUCACCAAUUAGAUGUGCAUGCGAAUUAAGUAUGGAGCUGUGCGGAAAGUUUUCCAAUUAGCCAAAUAGAAUAUUGAUCCUCAAUGUUCUUCAACAUUAUCAUCAGAUCAAUGAAAAAACCUUUCCGUAUGCUAUAGAGAUGUGUUAAUCAACUUCUUCAUAUUUUUCUUAGUCCAGUCUAUGUGGUAACCAAGUGAGUUGUUUUGUUUUUUUUUAGAGACAUUUUUAAGUUCAAUGUCAAAUUAUAGCGUACAAAUAAAUUUUUGAAAAAUCAAUUUAGCUACCUAUAUGUGGUGAAAUGAAUUAACAUUAUUGUAUUUUUAAAUCAAAAUCUAGAAAAUCUCAUGAAAAAUUAAAUACAAGACCCAUCAAGAUCUCAAGAACAGAGCUCAGUAGCAGCAUCAAAAUCAACAGAAGUCCAACCUCUUUUGAGUCAAUAAGUGAUGGAUUGAACUCUGUAUCCAUUCAUACAACAUCUCCGACUAUGGACUAUAUUUCUGAUCACGGAGGAAAAACACAAAAUAAAUCAAUCAAACCAAAGGUGGUAAAACUGAACAGAAAGACUUUAGGACUUCAUGUUGACACAUCAUUUGAAAAUCUCCAGUCAAAGGAUGAGUCAAAUUCAAGUUUUAAUGGAAAACUGCAAAAGGUAACAGACUACAGGCCAGACACUGUGUAGUUUGUUUUAUUGCAAGCUGCUAUGGUUUCUUCUUCUCUAGGAUAUAAAAAGCUAUAAUGACUGCAUUAUUGAUAUUCACCUUUGUAACUAUUUUUCCAAGAAAUUUCUUGAGGAUUUUUUUAAGCUCAUUUCAAAGUGAUGGGGUUUUUGUGGUAAGAGUUAAUGCAAAAUACAGUGCAAUUUAUUGUUAAACAAUUUCUUCAAUAUUAUACUCUCUACAUUUCAUUAUUGUUAUUUGUUCAGUUGUGUACUUGGGGCUUUAGAUGGCCCUAUUGUGGGUCUGACAUUGGGAUCCAGCACAAUGUGCAUGGGGGUUCCUAGAGGAUUUCCACACCCUGGUCUGAAUACGUUCAAAUAGUGCUUUAGUGACAACUUUCAGUAUUUGCUUACUUUAAUUUGUAUUUAGUAGAACCUAAGUAUGAAACCAUUUAACCCUUUAACUCCCACAAGUGAUCAAGAUAGAAUUUCUCCUUACAAUGUCAUUACAAUAUCAAGCUGAAAAGUGAUGAGAAUAAAGAAAAAUAUCAGUUAGGGGACUAUAAGUUGAUCCAAUACCUAAUUUUCCAAACUAACAUCACAAGAACUGUAUCUCAAAUGGUAAGGAGAAUUACUAAAUGAGAUCUCAGGAGUUAAAAGGGUUAAGACUUCUGAGGUGAUAGAAGGAAAACACUUUGAUGACAUCUGUAAUGAGUAAACUCUCUUUUUGAGUGGAUGAAAGUGUGCCAUAUAUAAACUAAGAUUUAAUUUUGAAGCAGAAUGUAUUGAUGUUUGUUUGAUUUGUUGCUUCGCAGGAAGUUUCUGCCUCUUCAACAUCUAGUGAUUCUGGCUCAGAUGUCAAUGAUAGUAAACCAGCAAGUGCAGAAAGAAAAUUUAAGAAAGUAGCAGUCACAUGGCCUUAAACAAUUUAAAUUUAGGUGAAAUAGUCCUCAUCAGUGGACUUUG